CUGGAUUCAAAGUACCUACCUAGCUUGCAAGAGUCAGCCCGUGCGAGCGCGACCCGAAUCGGAAUACUACUUACUAUCUAUCAGAUCUAGAUAGUGGUGUAUCCGGGGCCGUUGAGUGGGCAAGCACCUACCUGUCUCUAUACGAUCUCCGGCCGUUCUAUUCUUGGUAUUUUUUCUUCCAAAGGCUGUGUUUUGCAUAGGCGACUUGGAAUUGACGCCAGUUGCCUCCUCUUGAUAAUCCACAUCGCGAAAUGGCGUCUGCUUCAGGUGUCACCGCCACGACGACAAAUGAGCAAAAGACGACAGAUCUAACUGCCAACUUCGCUCAACCCAAAAAGUCACCGACGGCUGGUAACCAGCUAUCGAUCGGAUAUGACCACGAGACCUACCUCCAAUUGACGGCGGGGGCGAAUGCGGAAAUCAAGACUCCGAAUCAGAUAUAUAUGGAGGAACGAACUCGUCGUCUACAUCUCCGCGCACAGGACCCUGCCGUCAGUGAUCCUCAAUCCGGACCAAGCCCUACCGACUUCGAGUACGCGUACAAGCACUCAAAGCACAGACCCAGUGAUUCCUCACAUCAGUAUCUAUUUACCAAGCAAUGAAAGAAA